UAAAAGGUAACUGUUUAUUUAAAUCGAACAAAGCAACCUUUUAUUAUUGCAUUGUCUUCACUCCAACGAAAAUAUUCUCCAACGGUUUAGUUCCUUAUUGAAAAUGACAUUCUUUCCAUUAACUAAAACAGCAAAAAGAUUUGUUGUUUGUAUUGACAUUGUCUUGUCUCCUAGUUACCUUCCUGUAGAAACCAUCUGUUUUUAUUGUAAAUCACCACUAACUGAGCCACACUGUGUAACAAGAAAUGCAAAGUUGGUAACUAUGAAAGGGAUUAUUGAAGGAAUUUCGCUGUUUGCAAAGUUUUGUGUCGAGUGCAAGAUACCGUACAGAUACCAGGAGUAUUCAGCUGGUGUUCACAAUUUUAAUGACAACUGGCUUUUAAGUUUGGGAAUAUGUGAUAUGAUCAGAAAACAUCUUCAGGUUCACAACGCUGUCAGUCGCACUGUUGAGGCAAUUGAAAACUGGCUGCAGUUGCGACCAUUUCAGUUACCACGUGGUCAAAUGAUGAACGCGUAUCUUCACUUUGAAGCUCUCUCAGAUCAUGACUAUGGGUUUUCUUGUGUUUUGUGUGGACACUUUCCUCCCCUGUUAACUCUAGAUGUAGACAAGAAAGGAAUCUUUGAACUAGCGGUUAGUGAACUUCAGUUGCCAGACCCCGAAUCCGAUGCUCCUGCAGAUGAAGUGGACGCUGAAAAGUACUGGCAACAAGUGAACUGUGGGAUCUUAUACAGAGGAGUAUUGAGAGGUACUGAAAAAAACCCUUUAGAAAUCAAGCCUUCAUAUAAGUUUUGGGCCCCAUAUAUUGGCCCAAAAUGCAGAAGAGGAAGGAAACUAUUUAUUACCGAAUACAUGAAAGCGUAUCAUAAACAAAACCUAACAUCAGCUGGGGCUACAUCUGAUGAAUGUUCAAUUGAAAAGCUCAUGGAUUUGUUCUGUGAAGGAAAAGUACCUGUUAUAAGAGAAAUGGCCAGAAGUUUAAAUGUGAGCGACAAGGGGUCGAAACUUGAUAUAAUUAACCGUAUAAAAUCUGUUUUGAAUAUCGAAGAAACGUUUCUUAAACUUUUCUCAAAGAUGUGGGGUGGUUCAGGCGGUUGGUUGGGAAUGACGUGUCCACAUGGAGUAUGCUAUGGUCUGAAAUGGCUAUUGCGACAAGAAGGACCACGAGAUCAUGUGGACAUGCUUAUGAAUCUCGCUGCUGUUCCGAAUGUUACCAUAUUGGAUAUGGCAAACAUGAUUGUAGCUCAUGCAAGGAACAGAGGAUACGACGUUUUUCAUCCAUUCCAAGGUCGUGUUGCUGAAUAUAGCCUGGAAAAUAUCAGACGAGCUAAUAGUGGUGAGCUAGAGAUAGACUGGCCUUGGUUUCCAAACGGAGAAAGAUGCGACUUGUCAACUGUCGUACAAAGGUCGGAUGGUGAGCAGCUUCUGUGUAAUCCCUCAACUAGAUCUUCUGAUCAUUACUGCCUGUUUGAUCAAUUUCACGAGAAAAAUUCCACGAACCCAGCCGACUGGUUGCGAAGAGUGUCUUGCGUUAACCAACUUGCCGGGAAGAUCAAUUCAGAAACUGCUGAACAACUCAACAACAGACGAAACCGUGAUAAUUACUUCACAACAUCUUUGUCAACUCACAAUUCCGUCUUCAUGGAGCGAUUGGCAACUCAUUUUAGUAAUGAGAAAUUAAACCAACGUAUCAUAAAUACUCAUCGCAAGCAGUUUGGAAUGGCUAUGAGUUUUAACUCCUUCGGUCAACUUAUAAGUAGAAAUGAAGAUGAUUGGACCGAGCAGGCAUCACAACCAAAACGCGUCCGUUUGUCGACUGAAAGUCUUUCAACAGCUAACAGACCUGCCACAAGUAGCACUGGAACACUAAAUGAUGCUUGUGAUGAGUUGACACACGUUGCUGAGAAAAUGAAUCCCUCAGCUACAAGCAGCUACGACCUUGUUAUAGACUAGUUGUGACCUCGUCAGUCGUCAUCAAAGCUUAAGUGAUAUUUGACAUAAAGGAAGCUCAAUUUCUGUUUGGUUGUUCACAGCUUGGCAAAGAACAUUGUAACAAGUCGAAUUCCAAAGUCGAAUUCCAUUACCAUCUGUAGAUCUAAUUUCAAUAUAUAUACUUAUUCAUAUAGAACUGAUGUCCAAUGCCUGAACACUAAAUUCAAAUUUCUUUCAAGCAUUUCAUCAAAUUUUCUCAAAUUCUUAUAUAAUUCAUAAAACAUCUAAUUAUACCUAAUGUGAAAAUUUUAUGUAAAAUAAAGACGUCCUUCGAUGUGAACUGAUAUCCUUAUACUAUAUUAUAUACUAUAUAUAGUAUACAUACGUAUAGAUAGCCAAUGCCUAAAUAGAAUCUUAAGUUCUUUGAAGUAUUUCAUCAAAUUUUCUCAAAUUCUUAUAUAAUUCAUAAAACUUCUAAUCAUACCUAAUGUGAAAAUUUUAUAUAAAAUAAAGACGUCCUUCGAUGUGAACUGAUAUCCUUACACUAUAUUAUAUACUAUAUAUAGUAUAUAUACAUACGUAUAGAUAGCCAAUGCCUAAAUAGAAUCUUAAGUUCUUUGAAGCAUUUCAUCAAAUUUUCUCAAAUUCUUAUAUAAUUCAUAAAACUUCUAAUUAUGCCUAAAGUGAAAAUUUUAUGUAAAAUAAAGACGUCCUUCGAUGUGAACUGAUAUCCUUAUACUAUAUUAUAUACUAUAUAUAGUAUACAUACGUAUAGAUAGCCAAUGCCUAAAUAGAAUCUUAAGUUCUUUGAA